CUUUGUUGCGUGAAAAAAAAAAAAAAAAAAAAAAUGGCUGGCCCUAAGCUACUUGCUCUUCUCAUUUCACUUAACAUCAUCUUUUUCGCUUGCUGCGUCUCGUGCCAUAAUGUCCCCUGCCCUCCUCCAAGCACCACCACUCCCUCGGCACCCUCCGUCCCUAAAACGCCAGCCAAGUGCCCGAAAGACACCCUUAAGUUUGGUGUUUGUGGUGAAUGGCUGGGGCUUGUUAAAGAGAUUAUUGGGGCUAAACCUAGCAAACAGUGCUGUGCCCUAAUUAAAGGUCUAGCUGAUCUUGAAGCUGCAUUGUGUUUGUGUACUGCUAUUAAAGCCAAUGUGUUGGGUGUCAUCAAGCUCAAGAUACCCAUUGCCCUCAGUUUGCUUGUUAAUGGAUGUGGAAAGAAGGUGCCAGAGGGCUUUGUAUGUGAAUGAAAUUUGUGCAUCUAUCCAUGUAUGAUGUGGUUGUGUGUGUUCUGUGGUGGUGUUUAUGUCAUUAAUUUGUAUUGGUGUCUCAUGUACCUAUUGAUGUUUGUUCAUCAAAUAAAUAAAGCAAUAUUAAUGUCUAGGAGCAGAUUUUACUUCUUUAAUUGAAA